CUUCCUCUUUUCAGACACGGGACUAUAAGAGCUGAGCGUCUGACACAGAUAUUCACUUGAUAGAGGUUGUCCCAUAAAGGCAGAGCUCAAAGCCCUGGAGGAAACGAUGAGCUGUGGUUUAUUGGUGGGGACAGAAAAACCGCUUUGUCUCGUUGGGUUUGUUCCAGGACACUGACCCAAUAAGAAGCCUUCGUCUUCCGUGGUUGGUGCUGCCCGACAGAUCAAACCUCCUUCUUCUGCAGUCUAUUCAUCCCCGGGGUCAAGGAUAUAAUGUGACACAUCUCAAUUCUUGACCGAGUUAAAAGAUUCAGAUGGAGCCCAACACGCAGCGGUGCCACACAGGACUUUGUCUCUCUGUCUACAUCAUUACCUUUGUGCUGGGCUUCCCGGCCAAUGUAUUAGCUUUCUACACUUUUUGUAAGAAAGUAAGGCAGAAACCCACCCCGAUUGACAUCCUGCUCCUCAACCUGACCAUUUCCGACCUCCUCUUCCUCCUCUUCCUGCCCUUCAAGAUGCAGGAAGCAAUGAACAACAUGAUCUGGGACAUGCCCUACGUCCUCUGUCCGCUGUCUGGCUUUAUCUUCUACAUGACCAUCUACAACAGCACCUUUUUCCUCACUGCUGUCAGUGUAGAGCGCUACUUGGGUGUGGCUUUCCCCAUUCGGCACACUCUGAAGCGGCGACCUGUGUAUGCUGUAGCUGCCAGCAUUUUCUUCUGGAUUUUCUCCACCGCCCAACUUAGUAUUGUGUUUAUCGUGCCCUUUAUUGACCACAAGAACUCUACAGUCCCCCCUGAAAGCCUCAACGCCUCAGCUCACCCUAGCACAGAUAGCGGAAGACAAUGCUAUGAGAACUUCACCGAGUCUCAGCUGAACGUCCUCCUGCCUGUGCGCCUGGAGCUUUGUGUGGUGCUUUUCUGCAUCCCUUUCCUGAUUUCUAGUUUUUGCUACAUCAACUUCAUCAGAAUUCUCUCAAAGCUGCAACACAUUGACCGGCGCCGGCGCAUCCGAGCCAUGGGCAUGGCUUUGGGAACCCUGGUGGUGUUUGCUCUAUGUUUUGGACCCUACAACGUCUCACACAUCAUUGGUUUUAUAAAGUGGAAAAGUCCGGCAUGGAGAGACAAGGCCCUGCUGUGCAGCACCUUCAAUGCCUGCCUAGACCCUCUUAUUUUCUACUUUUCUUCCUCUGCUGUGAGAGGGACUGUGGGUAGUGUGAUGGAAGGGGUUAAAAGCCGUCUCCAGAGGUGCAUGUCUUGUCGCCUGCUCCAGGCCUUGUGCGGGGGAAUUACCAAGACUGCACAAGAUAAGGAACACACGCAAGAGGAGAUCAAUGCUAUCUGAGCUGACAGAAAGGGACCUGUAAGCGGCUGCCUUUACUGUUGUCUUAUUUCUUCAUCCCUAGGAGCAGAAAAUUAAUGCCAUGUUAAUGUUUACACAUGUGAGAAAAUGACUUGGCUUUAUACAGUGCAGUGUAUUUUUGUUUGAUGAGAUUCCUUUUUGGAAAUGAGACAAGACAGGUAACCUUCAGUCUUCCUAAACACGCCAUGCCAAUUUUUUAUGCAGCGCAUCGGGUAAAACCUCAGAGACAGCCUACUUUGAACUGUCACCAGGAUAUAAAAACAUUUCUUGCACAGUGUAACAGAAGUACAGAGCUCCUUAAAUGCAGGCAGGUGUUGUGGAGCAUCGCAGCAGAGACUGUAACAAAAUGAAUAUCUAAGCAACAGCGUUGCACGUCAUCUCUCCGCAAUUAGAGAUUAAAUGUUCCAACCAACAUCCUUAGUCGUGAACAGGAUAUUGUUUGCAACAAUACGGUCAUUAUGUGUCAAGCAGCGGUGGCUGAAGAAGAAGUAGCAGAAGAAAGAGAAAAUGCGUGGCAUCUUCAUGCAGAUACAAGCAUGCUGAAAAUAAGAGAGCAGUUCGCUUUGUAAUUGUACAUAUGUUUGCAUUUGUAAUGUUUUUUGCAUGAUGAUGGCUGUUCUUAUAUUUCUAUGUGAUAUAUAAAGAAAGAGAGACGUAUGAAUGUACACAUAUAUAUGCAUAACGAGGGUUGUAAUAAUAUAAUAACAAAUAAAUAAAGCUUAUUUUCAUAUUCAAAGAAAGAAUAUA